UUUAACAAAAAAGGAGAAAUGGUUUGCCUACUUAAUUUUGUUAUUUUCUGUAAAUAACUUUGGAUUUUAGCAAAGAUUAAGCACAUCAAGUGUAAAUUGAAAUAAAAUAUGCCGCCAAAGCAAGCCAAGAAAACCCUAUGGGUUGAAUGCGAACGAUGCGGUUGCAGCAUAACCUCAAACGACAAAAAUGUUCAUGUGGAGUUAAAUUGCGUUAAAGAUCAAUUGAAAUGUCCAUACAUCGAUGACGGAGUGCUAUUUUCUUGGCUCGUUAGAGGCGGUGCUCCUCCGGAUGGCGUGCCAAGGGACGCAGUUAUGGUUCAUCCUUCUACAAGUUCUUUGAUUGGCGCAGUGAUUGGCGGUCCCCUGGAAAUCUGCAGAGAUGGGGCCCCUAAGCUUGUGAAACGGAUGUGGCCAUCAAAAAACUGUGCGCCUGCCGCUGUUAUACUGCCUGCUGCAGAUCUAUCAAGCGCUUGGUGUGGAGAGAACAAGAAAAUAACUGUUUCUGUUAUUAAAAGCAAAAUCCCUAAAGCAACCAGUGUUACCAUCAGCAUCCGGAGUCACAAGAUCGAGACUGACAUCAGCGACAUCCUCAAACAACACUUCUACAAUAACUUUGUGCGCGUCGGCAGUAUAUUAGUCUAUUACUACUUCGGAAAAAAACUUGAGAUAGAAAUAGUUAAUUUGAAACACGAACAAGUGGAAAACAAAGAUUAUACUUGGGGUGAAUUAAGUGAAAAUACUAUAUGGAAUAUAUUAAAAGAAUCUGCACCAAAAAACAAAAAGCCAUUAUGUUUAGGCGGAGUAGAUGACAUUUUGGAUGAAAUCAAAACUUUUAUUGAAAUAUCUUUCAACAAAAACGGUCUUACUUCAAACUUUCAACCAACUAGAGGCUUGCUGAUCUAUGGCCACUCGGGCAUAGGAAAAACUGCCAUUUGUAAAUAUCUCAUAGACAAUAUGCAAUGCCAUCAUAUAGAGGUGAAUGGACCAGCUGUGUUCAGCAAAUAUUUUGGUGAAACAGAGGCCACUAUGAAAAGUUUAUUUACAAAAGCAAUUGAAAAUGAGCCUAGUAUAAUUCUGGUUGAUGAAAUUGAAACAAUAUGUCCUAGGCGUUCUUCAGGCAGUACGGAACAAGAAAGGAGAAUAACCUCUGCUUUUGUGUCUUUAUUAGACAAUUUACACCAAGAGAAUAAUAGAGUGUUUGUUCUGGCCACUACAAGAAAGCCUGAUGCUAUAGAUCCUAUGUUGAGGAGAUUUGGGAGGUUAGAUAAAGAGAUUGAGAUACCUGUUCCAGAUAGGAUCCGAAGGCGGGAAAUUCUCCACAGUCUGUUGAAAGGUUUGCCAAGUAAAGUAUCUUCACAAGAUAUUGAUUCAAUAUCAGAACUCGCACAUGGUUAUGUCGCUGCAGAUUUGGUCAACUUGUGUACGCAGGCUUCCAUGAAAUGUAUAAAGAGAUCGAGUGAUAACAUAGAAAACGAUGACUUGAUGGGCGCCCUAACAGUAGUAAGACCCAGUGCUAUGCGGGAAUUGUUAAUAGAAGUGCCUAACGUCAGAUGGACUGAUAUUGGAGGCAUGGACAAUUUAAAACUGAAGUUGAGACAAGCUGUUGAAUGGCCCUUGAAACAUGCUGAAAGUUUCCAACGAUUAGGUGUGAAACCUCCAGGUGGAGUUUUAUUAUACGGUCCUCCAGGGUGCUCUAAAACAAUGAUAGCAAAAGCAUUAGCCACUGAAAGUGGGUUAAAUUUCUUAUCAAUUAAAGGCCCAGAAUUAUUUUCUAAAUGGGUUGGUGAAUCAGAGAAAGCUGUUAGGGAUUUAUUUAGGAAAGCACGUCAAGUGGCGCCCUCUGUUAUAUUUUUUGAUGAAAUGGACGCCAUCGGCGGGGAAAGGGGCGUAGGGGAAGCGGGGGUGCAUGAGAGAGUUUUAGCUCAGCUGUUGACAGAAUUAGAUGGGGUAGUUCCAUUGAAGUCGGUCACAAUUUUGGCUGCAACAAAUCGACCAGACAAGAUGGACAGAGCUUUGCUAAGGCCAGGUCGGCUGGAUAGACUGAUCUAUGUGCCGUUGCCAGAUUACGAGACCAGGCUGCAAAUACUGGAACUUAAACUGGCCAAGAUGAGUGUAAGUGAAGAUGUAUCAGCAGAAAAUAUAGCACAAAUGACGGAGAAGUUUUCUGGUGCCGAAUUACAUGCUGUGUGCCACGAAGCUGCACUGAGAGCAUUAGAGGAUAAUCUCAACUGUCAAGUGGUAAAAAUUGCUGACUUUCUGGAUGUUUUGAAAGAUUUCAAACCGAGAACACCAGACUCUUUGUUAAAAGUUUAUGAGGAAUUUGCUUUGGGACAGAAAUCAGGAUAAAUUUUCUGUACCUAUUCAUAAAAACAUAAAAGCUCUUUGACAAGGUACAUACAUAGUAGUAAAAAUAAACUCAUUUUGCUGACAUAUCUUUGGCUCUAUGGUGAAAAAAUCUACAAGUAAGGAAAUUAAUAAAAAUAAACAAAGAACUAUAAAUCAAGUAUCAAUUAAUACAGAAUAUUUGUAAGAGAAAAUAUGAAAUUUUAUAAAACUUUGUAAAUAAAAAGAGUUUGAUUUGUCACAUAAUUUAAUAUAUAAUAUAUGAAACCUUAA